AACCUCCGGGCCGCGCGCCGAUUGGCUCCUUGGGAAACAGCCGGGACUUCUGGUUCCGCCAGGCUGGCGUCCGCUCUUCGGUGUGGGUUUUCAGUCCUGUGUACUUUUCUCCUGUUUUUCUGGUCUCUGUCCUUUGAUAACCGCCAACGCCAGCUUGGAACUCCCCGAGAGUUCUUCCUUCACAGCAGUACCUCCUUUUUUAGUUCAAGCUGUAAGAAGUCGAGCUUCAUUUGGCUGAAAUUGGGACAGGAUUUCCCAAACUUCCUUCGGGGAAAAAAUAACCUAACUAACGGUGGACAAGAUUGAAUUCCUAGCUGUUUGUAUAAUUAAAGAAGAUAUCUGAAGACUGCUUUUGGAAUCGAAUAGCAUGGAUCCUAGCAGUGACUACCAUUUCCUCAAUCAGAUUUUGUGGAGAAGGGUGAAACUCACUUUGGUUUCUGGCGUAUUUGAGGGAGUUCUCCAGCAUGUGGAUCCUAACAAGAUUGUUGUCCUGAAGAAAGUGAAGAAUGUGGAGACUGGUCGAAGUGUUCCAGGAGUGAAGAUGUUUUUUGGGCAUGAGAUUCUGAACGUGGAACUGCUGGAUGAAGUGGAACAAGGUGCGAUGAGAGAAAAGGCAUCUUCUGUCAGUCUAAAUACAGAAAGAACCAGGAUGGAUAAAGGUGAAGACCUGAACAUAUGUGAGUCUCUUUCUCCUGCCUCUGAGCCACCAACCACCUCUCUGCUGAGUGACCUCAAGUUCAACCCAUCAGAGGAAGAGGAGGUAACAUACACAGUCAUUGAUCAGUUCCAGCAGAAGUUUGGUGCUGCAAUGCUCCACAUCAAGAAGCAGAGUGUCCUGAGUGUGGCAGCAGAAGGCGCUAAUGUGUGUCGUCAUGGGAAACUAUGUUGGCUUCAGGUGGCCACAAAUAGCCGAGUUUACUUAUUUGAUAUUUUCCUUCUGGGAAGUCGUGCUUUCAACAAUGGACUUCAGAUGGUAUUAGAAGACAAGAGAAUUUUGAAGGUUAUCCAUGAUUGUCGUUGGCUUUCUGAUUGCCUCUCUCAUCAGUAUGGAAUUUUGCUGAAUAAUGUCUUUGACACACAGGUAGCGGAUGUCCUUCAAUUUUCCAUGGAAACAGGUGGCUUUCUUCCAAACUGCAUCAGUACUUUACAGGAGAGUUUAAUCAGACACCUUAAGGUAGCCCCUAAAUAUCUCUCCUUUCUGGAAGAAAGACAGAAAUUGAUUCAGGAAAAUCCAGAAUUGUGGUUCACACGACCUCUUUCACCCUCCUUACUGAAAAUUUUGGCCCUGGAAGCUACCUACCUACUACCCCUUCGUCUGAUACUCCUGGAUGAGAUGAUGUCUGACCUAACCACCCUUGUGGAUGGGUACCUGAACACUUACCGAGAAGGGUCUGCAGACCGCCUGGGGGGCACAGAGCCUACAUGUAUGGAGCUUCCAGAAGAACUGCUUCAACUCAAGGACUUCCAGAAGCAGCGCAGAGAGAGAGCUGCAAGAGAAUAUAGGGUGAAUGCACAGGGACUCCUAAUAAGGACAGGGAUAUGUCCAAAGAAAUCAAUGACAGAGACAGUGGGGAAAGAGGGGAAAGGGGGGGUUUCGUUGCUUUGUAAGAACUCUACACCAGAUAAAACUCCAGGUUUUACAUCUCAUCGGGAUGGAAAUUUGCUGAUAGAAAAAUCUAAAAAUAAGCAAACUCUGACAGAAUCUCAACAUCAACCUCCCAUGAAGGAAGAAACCAGUGAGGAUGGUGUCAACAAACUCAUUUGCCCUGAGCCAGAGGGGCUAGAGGACCAGGGGAGAAUAAUUCAAAAAGAACACGGUAAGAUACCCAAACAGGAAUUUCAGACAAGUUUAUCUUUGAAAGAGGAGAUAGAACAGUUACUGAUGCUGGAAAACAAGGAUGACCUAAAAUGCACAAAACAAGAUGUUUCAGUGUCUCCUUCCCUUCCUCAGGAAACCGGAGUGUCUCCAAGUGAUACCUUUCUUCCUUUUAGAAAAGCUGUGCUUCCCACACUUCCUCCCUGUCCAGCCUUGGAGAAAACCGAUUCUUGGAUUAAUUUUUCUCCAAAUUUAUCUUAGAGAUGUGCAGUUUAUUCUUGAGACCGUGAAGGUGGCUCGUUUCCUGUGCCAGAAGGACUUUCCUCAGUGCUUAAGUUGGUCAUGUUGUAAAUUUAGGAUUGCCUCAGUCACAGAGGAAGGAAGACUUCAGCGAAAAUUAUAUCCUCUUGUUUUCUCCUGCAUGCCUAGAAUUUGGUUAGGAGGGAAUGAAUAAGUUAAAUAGUGGAAGAAGUAAAUGUUUUGAUUAUGUCACUGUGCAGAUGUGUUCCCAGUGUUUCAGAGUGAAUGAUUUCUCAUAAUUUGAAGAGGGGAAAAAAUCUUAGGCUUAGUACCUGGAAGAAUCUUUACUCUUAAACUUUUUUUUUUUUUAAUGUAAACCCUAUGCCCAAAGUGCAGCUUGAACUCACAAUCCCAAGUUUAAGAGUUGUAUGCUCUACCAAGUGAGCCAGCCAGACGCUCCUACUUUUAAACUUCUGUUGUAUUUUUUGGUUUGAAAGGGGUUGGUAAAAGUUGUAUCAAUAAGUUUUUAAAAAUUGGUACCUGAUAACUUUACCAGUACAUUUUUCUUUUUUAAAAUACUAACUCUAACUUGUCAAUUAUACCUCAAAAAAGCUAAAAAAAAAAAAAAACUUUAGUUUUGAAUUUUUAAUGUUUUUUUUGUCUUAUAUCAUAAACACAAAUUAAUGUUACUAAGGAAUCAAUAUCCCAGUUUUAAUUUCUUUUGAUUUCUUUACUUUUAGAAAGUUUUGUCUAUUUUCGUAACAAAGCAGGGACUUCUUUUGAGUAUAUCUGUUAUGUAAACUUGAAGUUUGAGUCCCUCUAUUUUCCUGGAGUUAGUAUACUUUUUUUUGUUAUUUUGUUUAAAAAAAUUUUUUUUAAUUUUUUGUAGGCUCCACACCCAGUGUAGGGCUUGAACUUACAACCCUGAGGUUGAGUUGCCUUCUCUACUGACUGAGCCAGCCAGGUGCCCCAGUUUGGUAUUCUUUCUUUGGGUGAAAGGAAGGUGGCUUGUACUGAAACCUUUUUAUAUUGAGUACUUGCAAGUUGCUCACAUUUUUUUGUGUACAAUAACCAAUAAACCUGUUGUGCCAUUGGA